CAUGGAGGGAUUCGAAUACAAGGAUGAGAAUUUUAAGAUUAAGGUGUGGCCCAACUGGGGCCCAGUGUAGGUUUAGCAAGUACAGAUUCUAUUUUGCCUCAUUUGUUUAAUGCAUACAAAGCUUAAUGUACCAGUCAGCCUGGGCCUCAUGAAUCGAACACUUGCCAGGUAUUUGGUCCCGUUGAGAUCCCAGGGAUUAGGCGCCAAAGGAAAGGAUAGAGCAUUCGUGUCAAGAACCUUUAAUAAGAUUGCUUUCAUGCAGAGGGAUCAGAUAGGUACGCUCGGCUACAUCUUGAACUGCACCUCUAUUCCACACUUUAAGGCUUGCAUUGUGACAGGACAGACUGUUAUCCUGGAGUUAAGGGGUGGGGGUGAGGAGGACAAGGAUGGCUGUCAAAUUGCACAGCUCCCUACUGAAGAAACACAGCCAGACUGACCUGGUGAGUCGGCUGAAGAGCAGGAAAAUCCUCGGAGUCGGGGGAGAAGAUGAUGACGGGGAGAUCCACCGAUCGAAGAUAAGUCAGAUGUUGGGAAAUGAAUUCAAGUUUUCUCUUCAUGAGCCAUUUGGCCUCAGGUACUGGCAGCUCUUCUCUGCAGUCACAUUCACCAUUGUUGGAAUUCUGGCCCUGGUGUGUCCUAUAAUGUUGCAUGGUUGGCUGUUCCAAGAAGAGUACAGGUUGUCCUGCAAAGCAUCUCUCCGACUCCAUGGUGGCACUCUGCUCAGUUUUUCUCUGAUCCUAUGGAGUGCCUUUUACACAUCGGAGAAGGUGAUUAUUCGAUGGACUCUCCUGUCGGAGACAUGCUAUUUCGCUGUGCAGUUUCUGGUGACACUGGCUUCAGCUGUGGAUCAAGGCCUAUUUUCCCAGGAUGCGGGAGCCUUGCUUUUAAGUUAUGCAUUAUUUGGGAUCUUUUCACUUUUCUAUUACUCACAAGUCGGACGGAAACCCAAGAAAAUCUAACACAUCGACCAACAGAGACUCUUGGCCAAGGCUUCCCGUGUGUGAAUCUAAACAAGUUGAAUUAAGGGGCCCCGUCACCCCUUGCCCACCCCCGACCCUGUGCCAUCCAGAGGCAGCAGCACCCAUUGAGGCUUCAGAUGUUUACGUUGAAGAUUGGGACUCUUCCCUAUCUUAGACAGCCAGCAGCCCCCUUAGCUGUGGCAUGAAGGUCAAUCCCAUCCUCAGAGGAGAAGCCAUACUGCCAGUCCUGGAGGUAUGUGAUGGCUGAUCCAUGUGUGUCACCAGUUAAUGUUACUGUAUGGAGUGGGUCCCCUCCACAUGAGUGUUUUGCUCAUGGCUUCAUCUCAGUGGCUGCAGGGGAGAAGUUCCAAGAACCAGGAAGCUGCUCGUGAGGAGGCUGAGGGGGAACCCAGGGAGGGAGAGGG